AGGAUGGAUAUCCGACCAGAUAGGUUUAAGGCGGUCGCGGCCAAAACUCUGGGGAAAAUUAACAGGCUGAUUGACAAGCGGCAGCCCAAUGGAGAAACCAUUGAAUUAUCAGCUGAGGGACGUCCUGAGCUGGUGGAGGAGAAGGAGCUGCCGGUGGUGGACUGUACCUGCUUUGGCUUGCCGAGGAGGUACAUCAUCGCCAUCCUGUCUGGCCUGGGAUUUUGCAUCUCUUUUGGCAUCCGGUGCAACCUGGGUGUGGCCAUUGUAAGCAUGGUGAAUGACCACACUGUCUACAAAGGCAAUAAGGAAGUACUUGUGGCUGCACAGUUCACCUGGGACCCUGAGACAGUGGGGAUGAUCCACGGCUCCUUCUUCUGGGGCUAUAUCGUCACACAGAUACCGGGUGGCUUUAUAUGUCGAAAAUUUGCAGCCAACAGAGUGUUUGGAUUUGCUAUAGUGGCCACAUCCGCCCUCAACAUGCUGAUUCCAUCUGCUGCUCGCUGCCAUUACAGCUGCGUCAUAUUGGUCAGAAUAUGCCAGGGUCUUGUUGAGGGUGUAUCAUACCCAGCCUGCCACGGGAUCUGGGCCAAGUGGGCGCCUCCUCUUGAGAGAAGUCGAUUAGCCACUACAGCCUUUUGUGGAUCCUAUGCAGGGGCGGUGGUGGCCAUGCCUUUAGCAGGGAUACUGGUGCAAUACACUGGGUGGUCUUCAGUAUUCUAUGUCUAUGGCAGCUUUGGGAUAUGCUGGUAUUUGUUCUGGAUUCUGGUGUCGUAUGAGAGUCCCGCUGCUCAUCCCACUAUUACACCGGAGGAGAGGAAGUACAUUGAAGAGGCAAUCGGAGAGUCUGCAACAUUUCUUAAUCCUCUGCAUAAAUUUAAAACACCAUGGAGACACUUCUUCACCUCCAUGCCAGUCUACGCCAUCAUUGUGGCCAACUUCUGCAGGAGCUGGACCUUCUACCUGCUGCUCAUCAGCCAGCCGGCCUACUUUGAAGAAGUAUUUGGCUUUGAGAUCAGCAAGGUGGGCAUGGUGUCAGCUUUGCCCCAUCUGGUGAUGACAAUAAUUGUGCCUAUUGGAGGCCAGUUGGCAGACUACCUGAGAACCCACAAUUUAAUGACCACCACCAACGUGAGGAAGCUCAUGAACUGUGGAGGUUUUGGGAUGGAGGCCACCCUCCUGCUGGUGGUGGGAUACUCUCACACAAAAGGUGUUGCCAUUUCCUUCCUGGUCCUCGCUGUGGGUUUCAGUGGAUUUGCUAUCUCAGGGUUUAAUGUCAAUCACUUGGAUAUCGCCCCUCGAUAUGCCAGCAUACUGAUGGGCAUCUCAAACGGGGUGGGAACAUUAUCUGGAAUGGUGUGUCCUCUCAUAGUGGGAGCCAUGACCAAACACAAGACACGUGAAGAGUGGCAGGGUGUCUUCCUAAUAGCUUCACUCGUACAUUACGGAGGAGUGAUUUUCUAUGGUAUCUUUGCAUCAGGGGAAAAGCAGUCUUGGGCGGAUAUAGAGGACACCAGUGAGGAGAAGUGCGGUAUUAUCGAUGAGGAUGAACUGGCCAAUGAAACAGAUGAGCUCUACCGCGGAGGCGGGCAGUACGGGGCCAUGAACCAACCAGUUGUUGGUUCUAAUGGAGGAGGGACUGGCGGAGGAGGAGCCGGGUCUGGAUGGGUGUCGGACUGGGAUAAGUCUGAGGAGUAUGUCCAGCCACCUGGAUACAACUCGUACAUGUAUAGGGGAAAAGAGGAGAAGGAGCUGACAUAGAAGAUCAAAAUUAUACAAGUUAAAAAAAAAAAAAUUUGAAAAAAAGGUAAAGAAAAGAGGAAUAUUGUUUUUGGAAAGGGAUUGUAAGAGAGUCACUGUUUUACUGAAUGGACCUGCUGUGUGCUUUUGUACAAUAUUUUCAACUGCACAUAUCAAAAGUAUGCAUCUAAUUCAUUUCUGUGUUAGUGUGUGUGCGUGUUUGCAUUCUGUGCAAACACAUACAAUUCAACAGCAUUCAACAGCAAAAACUGAACUCAGAUCCCAGACUUCCUUCCUGCUCCUGAGCUCGUUGUGAUUGGUCAAGCGUCCUGUUUUCCACAACA